UUGGUGUUUGAAGGCGGCUGCGUAAAUUCCCAGCUGGGGGUGGCGUUGGGGCAGAGGGAAACUUGUCACUACAGGAGAGAAAGAAAUAAGGAGAGUGGGACUUCCUUCCACUUUGAUAGUGUGAGAUCUGGGUAUGCUUCUGGGUUGCUAAUCUCAGUGGGAUUCUCAUAAGCAGAAAAUGAGUCUAGGUGUGAACUCAGAUGAGCUACUUGGGGCACGACAGGGAGGUGUGUGUGGCCGGCGUGUGGCGUGCAGGGAGACGACCGGAAAGGGAAGGCUGGGGCCGGUGGGGUGGGCUGGGAGGCCGGGUCUCAGCUGCCUUUAUCUGGUAGGCAGGUGGGAGCUUUGGAAUGUAUUUGAAAGAACUGUCAAGAUGUGAUGUGCGUUUCAGCUUCAGCAGGGUCCCUGGGGGCAGGAGAAAAUGCAUCAGGAGAGUCUUGUAAAAGAUCGGAGCAAGAUGGGAUGAAGGUUUAGGCCAGAACAGAGAGGAGAUGGAAGUGGGAGGCCAGAUCAAGAAGUCUGAGUGACAGGAAGCAGGGCCAGUGCUGAACAUUUUAGCCUUGAUGAUGGGGAGGAUGACGGGGAGUGAGAGGGAGCCUGUGAGUUUCAGAUAUUCCUUCUUUCACCUGUUUCCCAGUAGCAGGUUCUUUUGGAGAGACCUUAAGUGCAUCUGAAGGCUUCCUGAUCAGCACCGUCUGAUCCUUGCCUGGCCUGUCUCCUUUCUUCCUCUUCGGGCUUUCAUAGGAAAACGAGGCCUCCCUUCAGUGGAUUCACUCUUACAAAGGUUACUCUGAGUCACGGUUAACCAGAAGUCAGGAGCGCCAGCACUGCGUAACCCCACUGGAAUUCGGCCUGUGGCUACUGUUAGUGCCCCAGGUCAUUUAAAUGACAACUCCCUCCCAGAAUCCCGACUGUCACUUUUUGCCAUGGGGAGACCUUGGUGGCUUUCCAGUUUCUGAGUCAGCAAGGUGGUCAGGGGCCUGGUUCUGCCCUUACCCUUGAGGUGAGGGUGCCUGUUUGAAGCAUGCUGUCUCCUGCCCCAGAGGAGCCACUGCUGCUGGCCGAACUCAAGCCCGGGCGCCCCCAUCAGUUUGAUUGGAAGUCAAGCUGUGAAACGUGGAGCGUUGCCUUCUCUCCGGAUGGUUCCUGGUUCGCCUGGUCUCAAGGACACUGCAUUGUCAAGCUGAUCCCCUGGCCGCUGGAAGAGCAGUUCAUCCCUAAAGGGUUCGAAGCCAAAAGCCGAAGCAGCAAAAAUGAUACAAAAGGGCGAGGCAGCCCAAAGGAGAAGACGCUGGACUGUGGGCAGAUUGUCUGGGGCUUGGCCUUCAGCCCGUGGCCUUCUCCACCCAGCAGGAAGCUCUGGGCACGCCACCAUCCCCAGGUGCCAGACGUCUCAUGCCUGAUCCUUGCUACAGGGCUCAACGAUGGGCAGAUCAAGAUUUGGGAGGUGCAGACAGGGCUCCUGCUUUUGAAUCUGUCUGGCCACCAAGACGUCGUGAGAGAUCUGAGCUUCACACCCAGUGGCAGUUUGAUUUUGGUUUCUGCAUCCCGAGAUAAGACUCUUCGCAUCUGGGACCUGAAUAAACAUGGUAAACAGAUUCAGGUGUUAUCGGGCCACCUGCAGUGGGUUUACUGCUGCUCCAUCUCGCCAGACUGCAGCAUGCUGUGUUCUGCAGCUGGGGAGAAGUCGGUCUUCCUGUGGAGCAUGCGGUCCUACACAUUAAUCCGGAAGCUGGAGGGCCACCAGAGCAGCGUGGUCUCUUGCGACUUCUCCCCCGACUCUGCCUUGCUCGUCACGGCUUCUUACGAUACCAAUGUGAUCAUGUGGGACCCCUACACUGGCGAGCGGCUGCGGUCACUCCACCACACCCAGCUCAACCCCCCCAUGGAUGACAGCGAUGUCCACAUCAGCUCCCUGAGAUCUGUGUGCUUCUCCCCCGAAGGCUUGUACCUCGCCACGGUAGCGGAUGACAGGCUCCUCAGGAUCUGGGCCCUGGAACUGAAAACUCCAAUUGCGUUUGCUCCUAUGACCAAUGGUCUCUGCUGCACAUUUUUUCCACAUGGUGGAGUUAUUGCCACGGGGACAAGGGAUGGCCACGUCCAGUUCUGGACGGCUCCUCGGGUCCUGUCAUCACUGAAGCACUUAUGCCGGAAAGCCCUGCGAAGUUUCCUAACAACGUACCAAGUGCUAGCGCUGCCAAUCCCUAAGAAAAUGAAAGAGUUCCUCACAUACAGAACUUUUUAAGCCAGUCUCCAUAGUCUUACUUGUUUCCUCUGUAGCAGGAUAAAUCUUCCUGACAAGUAGCUGGAGCAGUGGGCCAAACAUCUGGUCUUGGAUUGAAAUAGAAUCUCUCUUUGGGAUUGUGAACACAAUGUAGCAAAACCAGAUUCCAGUGGCCUCGCCAGGGCCAGGGGUCUCUUCCCCAUGAGGUGUGAGGGUCAGUCGUAGAAGAGGGAUUCCACUUCUGCAGUGACGGAGCCUGACCUUAACCUUCAGUCCACUUAAUGGACAGCAGUGCUGGACCCUCUCUGGUCAUUUUGAUUCCAAGAAGUUUCCACUCCCUCGAAUGGGAGUGUCUGUCGUUGAUGCAGAUGCAGAGGAGGUGUUGGUGAAAGUUCUCUCCUGCUGGUCAGAGCCGCUUUGAUGUGGACAAAGGCUUUCCUUCCUCUGACCCACGGGACAGUUUUCACAGAGCCGUGUAGGGUGAGAUAUUACUUAGCUUAACUAAAGUCCAGGUGACUCAGAGGCCAUGCUCCUGAUACAGACACUAGACUUGGCUUUUUUUUUUUUUUUUUUAAGAAACAAUGGCGUGCAUGUGCCGGAGGCCAGAUUUGUGUGUCAUGUUACAUGGGACGUAUUCCUCAACUGCAUGACUGUAUCAGUGGCUACUGAGUUAUCUGUCAGUUGUUCACCAGUUAGCAUAUUUAUUUGUAUUUUCUCAACAGAUGUUAAGGUACAACUGUGUUUUUCUCAAUGGUAUCUAAAAACCAUAGUACUCAAUUCCAACAGUUGUGAAGAUGUCUCUUAAUUGUGUGAAGAAUUGGUGUCGUCAUCAUUUCAGCUGAUUUUCUUCUGUACAAGAUCUGACUUGACUGCUUCACCUCAUUGGACUCAUCAGCCAGUCUCAACUCUGCCCCUAAACACAACUAGCUCUUUCAAAGUACUGUUCUUCGUGGCGUAUAGUUAUCUAAUGAAGACACCUCAUUCAAACAAAAUCUGCCUUUGGAAAAUUUAAUAUAUUUUAAAUUAUUUUAAAAGAAAUGCAACAUCUUAUCCUUGGCUUUCUUACUAGGUGCUUUGUGGAGGCCUGUGUACCAUGAUAAAACGUGUUGAAAAAGCAGAGGAGUCUCUCCUCUGCUGCCUUUGUUGCUGAAAGAAAAACAUUUCAAGAUGAGAGGCUUUCAUCGAAGGAAAGAAAGUUAAAAGCUUUUGGCUUGCCGUUUCAUUUUUUCCAUUCAGGAAAAAAAAACCCACCUUUUAAAACUAGUGAGUACAACAAGACAGCUGGGAAUGGACUGGGCAAAAUUAAGUUUUGUGGUUAUCUUGAAAUAUCGUGUACAGUGUAGUCUGAGAGGCUCUGGGCCGCCUCCUUGAGCCCCUCACCCCACACCCCCAGCCAUUAGCUUCAGACUUUGCUUUUGUCCUUUGGCAGCGAGGCCUAUGUGUGUGAUGCACAUAACCUUCUCCCUUUUGAUAAUAUAAGAAUUGGACACCUUUAUAAAGAACAGCCUCCAAAGAAAGUUGAUUCUCUGAUAUCAGGGACGGAGGAGGCUUUCUCAUAUAAAUGCAAGUGGAACAAGUCAGCGUCUGUGUAAUUGGCUAAGGAAAGAGGAGUCACUUGUAACACAACAAGCAAGCUGCUUUAUUUUUAUUGUGCAGAACACUAUCACACAUGCAGCACAAAUGCUCGCAGAUAAACUGCAUUACAUUUAGAUUAAAUAUGAAGAGUCUCAAUCCUUUCAGCACUUGCAGGUUUAGAGUCAGGCUUAGUCUUAUGUGCCCUGGGUUAAACAAGCCAGUGUUGAAUGACCUCUGGCCCCAAUAGCAUCAUUUAAAAUGAAUGUUUUCGCUACUGUCCACACCACAGUUGGGAACCUGCUAGCAACUCCUCUACUUCAAAAGGAGAAAUAAAAAGGCCAGUUUUAAAGUAAGAAAGAAAAUUGAGUCCACUUUAUAAGAGUAUAAUAGUUUGGGCCAGAAAUCCAUUAACACCUAUUUAAAGUAGCGCCACAGAUUAGAUUUACAAACUUUGAAGAUGUUCUUUUUACCUUGAGUUGGAAGACACUUGGACUGUAUUAGAUUUGAAAGCCUGAUAUUCCAAAUGGGGUAGCCCAUUUCCUAUCACCCAGGCAACUGAAGGGUAAAAGCCUUAAGGCUACAAAGGUUUUACUUUUUUCCCCCCCUUAUAAAACACAAAUGGGCAGUGCAGUGAGAGAGCUGUACCUUAAAACUGCUUUGUACAUCCCUGCUCCAACCAGCCACAAACACGGUACUUUGGGUACAUGUCUGCCCACCCAUGCCUGGAACAAUUUUCCGAAAGGGGGGGGUGACUGUGUCCCCUGCUCUCCAGUCACUGCUGGGCCUGAGAAUAGGCAGCAAGUGGUCCUCAGCAUCUAGGCUUCUGUGACAAUCAGGUCUCUGGUGACUUGAAAGGCGGCAAUGAGGGAACUCAGCUGUAUCUUCUCAUUGGUGCCAACAGAAAGUCUGUACCUAAAAGAAGUCAAACAAAAGGUAAGAAGAGAGAAUAUCACAACAGCUGCCUUUUGAAGAGAACAACAGCAGUCAGACUGAAAGUUGGCCAGAGAAGGAUUGGAAAGAGGUGACAGAAGUUCAUUCUGGGCAGCAAUCUCGUGCAUGUCCCCUAAUGUUUUUGUUGCCUCAAACACUCCUUUAUAAAUUUUAUUCAAACUGGGGGCAGGGGGGAAUAUUAAAUUAAAAAAAAAAUUGUUCCCA